AUGAGCUCUCAUACUAAUCACGAUGUUAUCAGUCUCAGCGAUUGGAGUGACACCAAGCUCGACAAGAGGGAUCAUAUCAUUGCAGUGAAAGAGGCUAAUGAUUUGGAGGUGGUUGAAGUGAUAGAAGUUGGUGAGGUGGGCGAUGUUUCGUCAGCCGACUACUCAGUGAUCACAUCCCGGUCCAAACCAAACAAGACGUGGAAAACACUGCUAUGGGACUCGGCAAACAAAAGUCCUGGAGAGAAACAUCUAUUAAUAAAACUGGACUGGUUUCUCUUGUCGUCGGUGAUGCUAGGUUACUUCAUCAAGACCCUCAAUCAGAACAAUAUCAACACCGCCUACAUGAACGGCAUGAAGGAAGACUAUGGCAUGAGCGGCAGCCAGCUCAACUACCUCCAGACAGUCUGGAUUGUGGGAUACAUUGUUGGCCAAGUUCCAAGUAACCAGAUUCUACAGAGAACAAGUGCACGUUACUACCUGGGAUGCUUGGAACUCGUGUGGAUGGCUCUGACAUUUCUGACACUCACAUGCACCAAUAUCAAGUCUCUCUACGCUCUGAGAUUCUUUGUGGGGCUCACCGAAAGCGGGUUCUUUCCUGGAGUCGAGUACCUGCUCGGAUCAUGGUACAAUAAAGACGAACUCACCAAGAGGUCUGCUCUAUUUGCAGUCUCUGGUAUCGCAGCUUCCAUGGUCACAGGAUACCUCCAGGCGGCCGUUAUACAUGGUCUAGAACACACCGCUAUCACUCCCUGGAAGUGGCUCUUUGUGUUUGAUGGUAUCAUUUCAUUUCCAGUGGCACUUUACACCAUGUUCGUCAACCCAAACACACCGGAGACAACUACCAGCUGGUACUUCACCAAGGAAGACAUUGCUAUAGCCAAGGAGAGAAGAGCACAAAUCGGCGAUACCGGUAACAAAGAAGAGCCGUUCUUGCAAGUUUUGAAACGCUCUUUGAAAACCUGGCACAUUUAUUUCUUCUCUCUCAUCUUUCUUUGCUACAAUAACACCUGUAUUGCCAGCACCCAACCUUCCAUGAUCUCCUGGCUCAAGUCUCAAGGAUACACACCUACCCAAUAUAACGUGUACCCCUCGGCAGUUGGCAGGGUUGGAAUAGGAGUGACUCUGAUCAUGGCUGUGGUUUCGGACGCUUUUGGAGGUCUCAACUACCCGUUUGUUGCAGCCUACUUUGUCGUGCAGAUAAUAGGAUCGGCGAUGCUGUCUUACUGGAACAUCUCCGACGGCGCAAAAUGGUUUGCCUACUUCGCCAUUGGCGUUCCAACCGCCUGGGGACAACCGAUGAUCUUCUCUUGGCUGAACAGAAGUCUCUAUCGAGACUACAAGAAACGCAACCUGGUAGUCAGUAUCACCAGUGAUAUGGCGUACGUUACCCUAUCAUGGGUUCCUAUUCUGACUUGGAAUGCCCAGGACAUGCCCCGAUACUUUAUAGGAUUCACCUACAACGCCUGCUUGUCUUCUUUAGGGCUGGUCCUGACCGUCAUUGCUACUUACUUGUGGAAGAGAGACUUGUCGAGCAAGUCGGUAGCGGACGUUUGA